CCUUCCUCCCUGCGUCCCUCCAGGCUUGGGUCUUUUUCCCAUCCAUCCACACCCUCUAUCAUCGUUUUACCUCGAACUUCUUUUUCUCUCCUCACCGUCCUUUGCUGUCACUCUUCACACUUCGCUCUUCCUGACCUUGUUGCCUCCUCAUUCCGUUCCCUUGACCUUUCCUGUCGACUCCGGCAUCGACUGUGGCUACCUCGUACUCUCUCGGUCUCGCGUCGCUCGCCUUUCCUUUCGACCUCUACCGUUUUCGCUCUAAUCGCUUCUUCAACCCGCCUCGUCCUCACUGCGCCGACUUCCAGGUCCCCAAAUACGACCCGCCCGAUCCUUUUCCCAUCUCUAACCGAUAUAUCUUACGGCCCCUUCGAACUCCCUCAGUCGUGGAGAGUGACUUGCACCAUAUCUCAUAAUCGUCCAUACACACACCAGCAGCUUUCAAUCGCUCGAUCAUUGCCGCGCAAUAUCCUACGCUAUUACACCUCGAUCUGAUUGCCGAACCACCUUCAUUGUUCUAAAUCUCCCUUAUCUGGUAACCUCAAGAUUCAAGAGACGGCUUUGUACAAUCAAAUCAUCUACGCCUCUGGUCUCGCACCAUCUGCACAUUUAGUACCUCCACCACAGUUUCAAGGUUUCUGCCAACAGCUGGCUGAACAUUUGGCAGGCAUUUCCUCUCUGGUCACGCCGUACGCCUUCUCUACUCCUACCGGCACCUGAAACUAGCUCCAUCACGACCUCGUCGCUACCUAGUCACGACUCGUCCUAAUUUUCUUAAUUCACCAGACCAAAGGGAAUCUCACACUCCUUGCUCGCAUUCAAUUCUCGCGUCGGCAGUGCACGGACUAUUUUUCUUCCUGAACUUUUUGAACUCCAGCUCGGACACUUCGGCUUGUCCUAGCCAUACACAGUUUCAGUCUUAUCAACUUACACAGUAUACGAUCCUUUGUAUAUUUCCUCUAGAGUACAAUGAGCAUCGACGCUGGCGGUGUUGCUCAAAUGACUUACCAGUCCCCAUUCAACAACUCGAUCGGCGUUUCUGGCCCCGGUUUUGCUUCUCGCGGCAAAGGUUCCCAUAUCAAGCGUCUCAGCGUUGCACCACCCUCCAAGAUCUCGACCAUCGAUGAGACUCAGCAGGCGAACACUGUUUCCACACCCCGCACUAGCCGGGGUCACCUUCUGGCAGGUCUACGCACGGCUCCCAAAUCUGCUACGGUCCCUCCUGCCACCCAUGGCAUAGGACUGGAAAGUAGCAAGUACGCCUCUGCGGCGUACGCCAACCAGGUGCCGCAGACAGCCACUGGCGUGUACUUUCCAGGAGGCAGGAACGCGGUGCAAAGCAACCUACAACAGCCCUACUCGCGUCCUGAGCAUGUUCUUGCCCCUCCAUCUCUUGACUUCGUUGACGGAGCGGAGAAUAUGGAUCAGAAUUUGUACGAUGAACUGGUAGCCACCAAUAAUUACCUUGCUCAGCAGCAACGAGCUCUCCAACAGCAGUUGUUGAAUGUCACAGCUGCAGCGCAUCAGCUAUCUGGACUCAACCUAAACACCGGCUUCGUGAACAACAUCGGCCAGCAGCAGUACCAGUCUCCCAUCAGCUCCCCAAUGGGUCUGUACAAUCAACAAUUCCAGCAGGGUUUGCAACCCGUGGUUCAUCCAGUCCCAGGUAGCCCAGGUGUUUUCACUGUCUACAAUCCGAUGACUGGCCAGUCGAGCUAUCUCGUCGACAAUUCGUAUCACCAGCAGCAGCAGCAGCAGCAGAAAGAGGUUUCUCCUGUCCGUCAGAACAAUUCUGUUUCCCCACCCCCCGCCACGCCUGCCUACCAGCGCCAGUAUCCUGAGCCAUCUUUUCCUGUGACCGAGGUUCGUUCAAAGACGCCUCCGAAAUCCACGCCAUCUCCGCCGCAGGAGGUUGAGCCUCUUCCGCCUCCAUCUGCCAACGCGUUCCGACGGGGCCACCGGAAGAACAUGUCGUCUGCCAAUAUCAAGACUGCAGGCGACUGGACAAAGGGCUCUGCAGCCAGACCGGCGGGAUUCCCACAGACUCCAAUGACGGCCACUUUUGGCCCCGGCCACGGAAGAGCCGGAGAACAUCCUGUGAGACAACCAAAGGGCCCACCCCUUCUGCAAGAGCUCGAGGAGAAACCUACCUCCAAGCAUGAGGGGAGCAAGAACUUUGCUACUCGACAACGCCGUCGAGCCGUUCAUGACCUUGUUCGUGCGGGCCGUGAGCGUCGCAGUGACGGCGGUCGUCAACCCGGUUCUGGAGCCGGAACACCUGGCAGCGAGAACGAGUUCAACUUUUCCGUGUCUUCUGAUGAUUCGGUUCUUGCUGGGAGCAGCAGCCUCUCGAGCAAGCCGAGCCUCGGUAGUCUCCGGGCUGCUGCCAGCGGGGCGAUUGGGUCGGAGAUCAAGGAGAAGUCUCGUGAGCGGUCCUCGGUUGACAGCGUUGGAGCGAUUAGUGCUAAGAGCUUGAGUAGCGAUGAGGGCAACUCUGUUGGAGGACCUAUUGUCGAGAUUGAGCCGCCCAGACGCAACACACCGUUGAUGGUUCUUAGUAGCGCUGAGAAACGCAAGAGCGUCGUCAUGUGAAGCGGAAAGGCGCAGUAAGGGCGGUGCCCUAUUACCACACCAUUGGAGUUCUCUUGGAAGACUCAGCCACUCGUUUCAUCACGACUUUGAUGACUUGUUACUCCGAGAUUGAUUGGCAUGAAUAUUACUUUACACUCGAUCCCCCUAAAGGAAAAGCUUCGGCAACCUCGAUUGGAACGCUAGGAAUAUCCUUUAAUGAAUGGUUUACCAUCGAAUAGUCCCUUUUUUCUUGACUCUGGCUAAUUUUGAGAGUCCUCGGACUGUCUUGUUAAGGCUGGAUACACUCUUUUAUUGCAUGACUCGAGCGAGCACCGUCUUGGGAGGACUUGAUGGGGAGGCAGAGAUGCCUCGCAGAGAGUCUUUCAUGUCUCGUGCAGCUCAGUUUGUUAUUCUGGCAGAUUUGGUGGCGUGCUUUGUUGGCAUUGAAACGGUUGUGUCUGAGUGUCGUGCCCUGGUGAAGAGAUUGACGGAUGGAUGGAUGGAUGGAUGGAUGGAUGCAU